UGGCCAAAAUUGAAAACUUUUUGCAUAUAUGAUUGCCAACUAUUCUCAUGCUUCAUUGUACAAGCUCCGCUCUUGGAGGAAUUGUAUCUUGAUAAUGUGGGAAUCAUACGGAAAAUUGAUGUGUCUGCAUUAAAUGAAGAUUGAAUAGAAGUUGGGAAUCAUGAAAAAGUAUUUCAAGUUCAAGGUGGGUACUCAUUCUCAAGGAUAAAAGAAUUGCACUUGAGGAAUUUAUUUGAAAUGCAGAUUAUAUGGGACGAUUUUGCUCAAGUUGUAACCCUUGAGAACCUUACAACUCUACAUUUGAGUGAUUGCAAGAAGCUAAGAUAUAUAUUUUCACCUACAACAGCUCACAGUUUAUCACAUUUGGUGGAUCUUUUCAUCGAGGGGUGUGAGGAAAUAGAACAACUCAUUUUAGCCAAGGAUCAAGUUUCUUCUUCAUCAUCAAAUGGUGAUACUGGCCUCCAACCUAUAAGCUUUUCAAAUUUGACAAAGAUCACUGUUACAAAAUGUGAAAAUUUGAAAAGUCUCUUUCCUUUUGGAUCUGUUCUUGUUCUUCCAAGACUUGAAAGUCUCAUAGUUAAAUGGAACUCGAAAUUGGAACAAGUAUUCAAAUUAGAAGAUGAAGUGGAAGUGGAAGCUGAAGAAGAGAUGAAAUUUGAUAAAUUAAAAUGGUUAACACUUGAAGAAUUACCAAGUCUCAUUCACUUCUGUCCCAAAGGAUGUCAUUUUGUAUUACCGGCAUUGAUAGUGUUGAAAGUAAGUGAUUGCCCUAAGUUGACUACUGGUUUUUUCAUUGAUUCACAGGAAUUUGUGCAUUGCAAAACAAAGACACCCCAAUUGGUUGAGGAAGAUGAGAUUGAAGAGUCUGCUACUGUUUCAAAUGCAAUUUUCAACAAGAAUAUAUGUUGGAGUCGUCUGGGGUUCAGUGAGAGUCAACUACCACACAUUACAUGAAAGAAUGGAUGAUUUUAGGGCAGCUUUAAAAGCCAUGUUACAUUAAUCAAUAGGUGGAGGUUUAUGUUGUUCAAAUUUUUUUGGUUAAGUUUCUGAUAUAAAUUGUGUCUAACACGAGUUUUUUUUUACUUUUUUUUUACUUUUUUUUUUCUUUUAUAUAUUUAGAGGAUCAUGUAUAUCCAUAUCCAAAUGGACAUGAAUGCAAAAUGGAAAAUGAAGAUUCGAAGUAUCAUAACUUUAAUAUAUCAACUAAAUGCAUGUAAAAA